AAAGUUAAAUGCUUGUCACAUUAUAAACGUUUUACGAGAGCUGUAUUGUUUGUACAUUACGUGAGAUAUAUAUAAUUAACUAGAUUAGCUAUUGUAAAAAAUUUUACAUUAAAAUAAAAUAACAAUCAUAUUCGUUUAUGUCAUACAUCUCAUCAUUUAUACCUAUCCAUUCAAAAAGAAAUUUAUUAUUGGAUGAUUUGUUACACAUCAAAAUUAUAGGUUAUUUUAUUUGAUAGUAUUGUUAGUUUAUAAAUAUCUUAUUGCAAUGGAUGAUCAAGCUUGUCCAAGAUGCAAAACUACAAAAUAUCGAAAUCCAUCAUUAAAGAUGAUGGUAAAUGUUUGUGGGCAUACCCUAUGUGAGAACUGUGUAGACCUAUUAUUUUUAAAAGGUUCUGGAUCCUGCCCAGAAUGUCACAUUCCACUGCGCAGAACUAAUUUUCGAGUUCAAAUGUUUGAAGAUCCUAUGGUAGAGAAAGAAGUAAAUAUCAGGAAAAAAAUACUUAGGGAUUUUAACAAAAAGGAAGAAGAUUUUGCUACAUUGCGCGAAUAUAAUGAUUAUUUGGAAGAAGUUGAAAAUAUAAUAUAUAACUUAGCCAAUGAUAUUGAUGUACUUGAAACAAAUAAGAAAAUAGAUCAGUAUAAAAAAGAUAACAAGGAUCAAAUAAAUAAAAGCAAAUCUAAACUUGGUAGAAAAGAAUAUGAAUUAGAAGAAUUGUUAGAAUUAGAAAAACAGCAGGAAGAAGAAAGACGGCUAGAGCUUGCUAGAGAAGAAAUGGAAGCAAAGAAGAAAAAGAUCAGAGAUAAAGAGGCUUUAAUAGAUGAACUUACAUUCUCUGAAGGCAAUGCAAAAAAUAUUGUUGAUACGUUUGCAUCAGCAAUACAGAAUUCCAAGAAAGAAGCAAAGACUGCCUCUCCAAAAGCUACUCAAUUUAGUACAGGAAUAAAGUUUGGAAAACAAGGAACACAAAACUACUUACAAAUUCCAAAAGUAGAAGAAGGACCAAUGUUUACAUAUAUUCCUCUUAGACAACAAACAGAAGGACCAGCUGUUCCUACUUGGCGUGAAAUUCAAACUCGAGGAUACAUAUCACAUGUUCGUGCCGAGACAAAAGCAGAAAGAGCAGGAGGAUUUAAAGCACAUGUUGCAUGUUUAAGAGCAUUACAAGAAGCUAUGGCUAGUUUAUACCACAAUCCUUCACAGCAUACAACAGAAUUUACAACAGUUUGAUUCUAAAUAUUAUUGUAACAUUUUGUGAUAUUUUCUUUUCACGUGAUACAUACGAAACCAUAAUCCAAAGUCUAUGAUUGACUCUCAACUGUAGAAGACUAUUAAA